AUGGCUAACAAAUCUAAAGAAGAACCUAACACUGCUCCCAAACCUGAUACGUGGUACAAUCUCACACUAGGACCUUCAUUUAAAGACGACUCCGCUAACAAAUACUGCACUCUCCGAUAUGAAUUUAAGCCGGCUUCAGUUGAUAAGACUAAGCCAGGAUUGCUACGCAAGAGCAAAGAGAAUAGAGUUUCUGUGGAGUUUCAGAACAACCAAGUAGGAAAACCCAAGGUCACGUUUGAGGGGAACAGCGAGGAAUACAAGGAAAACGAUGCUGUCUUGUUCUUUGAUGGUCGUACACUUCGAUUGGAGCGGCUUGAUAGGGCUGUAAAGCAACUGCGGCAUCUUCGAAUGCCUGGGGAGUCUUCCGCUGUUGUGUCUGGAACUGUUACUGCUCCAUCUGGACCAGCUUUGGAUCCUCGGUCAUCCCCCAUUGGGAAGCCUCUAAAACCAGCAUCUUUUGGCAGUGCCCGGAGCUCAAAUCAAGCUGUUGCAGUUGAAGUGGAACGAAUUGAUACGGGUGAACCUGAAAAUUCUGACAUCAAAUCUGGUUCGAAGAGGUCAUAUGAUCAAUUAAAUGAACCACCACAUGUUUCUACUACCUCACCAGUUGCCAUAGAUGAAGUUGAGGAACAUAGAGAUAUAGACAUUGAUGACCUCUUUGGAAGCGGAACACCUGAGGAUGACAAUAAUGUUGAUGACAAUAAUGUUGAAGUAAAGGAUAAUGUUGGAUUUGACAUGAAUGUUUCAAUCACUGAUGAUGAGAUAGCUGAUGUGUAUGAUAGUGGUGAUGAGGUGGACAAAGGACCCAAUGCUGCUGAAGCUCUCAGAGACCAAGUGAAUGCAGAGGGGAAGGGUGAAGAAGCAGAGGGGAAGGGUGAAGAAACAUCUAGUUCUAGCAGUAGCAGUGACAGUGGAAGCAGCAGUGAUAGUGGUAGUGGAAGCAGUAGCAGCAGUGAUAGUGGAGGCAGCGAUGACGACUCAGUUACUUCAAUAUAA